AUGUCAAUCCCGCUUGAAUGCCGAAAUGGCACCAUGUCUGGGCAGUUCCGCUGCAAGCCUAUGCGCAGUUGCUCUGCGCCAGAUGCGAAGCACAUCGAGAAUGUCGGUGAUCCUGUGUGCCUCUAUGGGACAUCUGUUCUUCAUGGAGCACGCUGCGGAGCGGGCUGCGCGCCGGGCUACGAGCCCACCGUGGAUCCAAUCUGCAAGGAUGGUGUUCUGGAGCCACAGGCCUUUACCUGCAGGAAAAGGGCGGUCAUGCUCGAGACGACUCAGCCCCUUCUCGCCUACCAGGCCUCUGCUGUUUGGAGCACCACACCUGUGCCUGGGCCGCCGAUGCUCGGCGCCGCUCCAGGUCCAGGAGGUGCUGCAGCUGGUCCUUUGGUUGCGCUGGUUGCAGCACUGGCUGCGGCCGUCGUGA